GUUGUUGUUAUUUGUUGUUAUGUGCUGUUUGGCUGUUAUUUGUUGUUAUGUGCUGUUUGGCUGUUAUUUGUUGUUAUGUGCUGUUUGGUUGUUAUUUGUUGUUAUGUGCUGUUUGGUUGUUAUUUGUUGUUAUGUGCUGUUUGGUUGUUAUUUGUUGUUAUGUGCUGUUUGGUUGUUAUUUGUUGUUAUGUGCUGUUUGGUUGUCAUUUGUUGUUAUGUGCUGUUUGGUUGUUAUUUGUUGUUAUGUGCUGUUUGGUUGUUAUUUGUUGUUAUGUGCUGUUUGGUUGUUAUUUGUUGUUAUGUGCUGUUUGGUUGUUAUUUGUUGUUAUGUGCUGUUUGCUUGUUAUUUGUUGUUAUAUUAUUGGACGUGUUGUGCCGUACCAUCGCAUGCAGUGGUGGGAGAAGAGCGAUUGGACCGGGUACAAGGAGCUAGGUGCAGAGAAGAGUGGGCGGAACGCUGUGGGCGCUAGCUGGUGGGAGACAUGGCAGGAGGUGCUAAGGACAGACGAGUGGAGUGGCAUCGCGCGCAUCGAGCGCAGUGCGCACAAGCAGGCCAAGUCAAGAACGGACGCCUGGACUGAGAAAUGGUGGGAGAAGUACAACGAGAGGGGAUGGACAGAGAAGGGAGCGUACAAGUUUGGGCGGCACGAGGGGCAGUCGUGGUGGGAGAAGUGGGGCGAGCAGUACGACGGGCGGGGGGCGGUGCUCAAGUGGACGGACAAGUGGGCCGAGCAGGAUGACGACGGCAGCAAGUGGGGCGACAAGUGGGAGGAGCGGUUUACCAACGGCGUGGGCAGGCGGCAAGGGGAGACAUGGCACCUCUCGCCCUCUUCCUCCCGGUGGUCAAGAACGUGGGGAGAGGAGCACUAUGGGAACGGCAAGGUGCACAAGUACGGCAAGAGCACGAGUGGCGAGGUGUGGGACGUGGUUGUGGAUGAGCCGACCUACUACGAGGCCACUCCCCACUACGGGUGGGCAGAAGCAACGGCCAACUCGCUGCAGCUGCUGGCGAUCGAACAGAUGGAAAGAGGAGAGACGUGAGGGAGAGGGCAGAGGUGUGAGGGUGAGGGAAGGGAACUGAGGGAGAAAGGCGUCAGGGCCACUCUCCACAAUGGCUGGGCAGAGGCGACUGCUAACUCUCCUGCAGCUGCUGGCAAUCGAACUGGUGGAGAGGGGAGGAACGUGAGAGAGAGAGGAGGGACGUGAGGGAGAGGGGAGAGGUGGGAUGGAGAGAGAAGAGGCAUGAGAGAGGGGAGGGACGUGAGGGAGAGAGGGCGAUACAUGAGGGGAGAGGAGGGCCUUCAGGGAGAGAAGGGAACCGAGGGAUGGAGGGGAACGGUCGAGGGAGGCGGGAGAGGGAGAGGAGGGUCACGAGGGAGAGAUGAGGAAAAUGAGAGGAUGCACAGAAAUCUGAGAGAGAAGUGGGCAUAUGGAGCAGGGGAGAGGAGGAGGUGAAAGGAGAGGAAGGAACGGCAUGGGAAGGGCCGAGUGAAGGGACAGCAGCUACCCUACGUAGCCAGGAGGUGGGUAGGAAAUGAAGUGUAGAUGAAUUGACGUCUACUUCCAUCCAUAGCGCAACCAGUAGUCUAUCAAUAAUCUGGUGUAUCUCACUCUGCUGUGAUACUUCAUUGGGAUUGGAAGACCUCCAUUUGGUGCACAAAACUUUCACGUUACUGUUUAUAUCUUUUAGGGAAAAUUCGAUCAGAUCAGCCUU